AUGCCAGCGAGUCGUGCAUCACACACAUCGGAGAACUCAUAUCUCAACAGCAACGUCCGCAAGAGAGUAUACCAGGCGUGCGAUCGGUGUCGGCUCAAGAAAUCUAAGUGCGAUGGAUUCAGCCCCUGUUCGCGAUGUCGAGCUGACAAUGGCAUCUGCGUUUUUGGAAGGCGGAAGCAAGCGUGUGAUAAAGUGUAUCCCAAGAGAUACGUUGAAAAGCUCGAAAAGCAACAAAAUUUGCUAGUUCACGGCCUCCAGGAACUCUAUCGGCGCAGCGUGAAAGGCGAAGACUGUCCUAGCGGCCGCUUGGAGACUCAAUGUAAUGGCCAACCAAUCAUCCAAGACCUACUCGUGCGCCUCGGCGUCCUUGAUGAGACCAAGGGCGAGCAAUUUUCAGAAAAUGAGGGCCUGCAGCAGGAUCUCUCGCGCACCAACGCCGACACGCAGCGUCAACCGUCACCUAUCGCCAGCUCGCGUUUCUCUUGUGAUGCGCUCCAUCGACAACACACCUCGCCCAUGCUGCGAAUGUAUGGCUCGUUAUUGGGUACUCGAAUCAAUCCCGAGCCCCAGAUGCUCAAAGCUCCGCAAUCGGCCGCGCCAUCAUCCAUGCAAGGCGCGAUCAAUCCGUUGGAACUUCAUUGCGGGCAACAACGGGCCAGCAACGGGUUCAAUAAUUUCAAUCCGCUGGAUAAUAUGUCUAUGCCAGACUACUAUAAUAUCUCCUUGGGUGAUUCAUACAUACUUGAUCGAUUGGUUCCCAUGAAGUGCACGGCCCAAGGGCUGUAUCAAGAUGUAAAUGAUGAUCGCGGAGAUUACGGAGACUGCGGAGACUUUAAUCAAUAUCUUCAUCCGAAUACGACAAAAUCGGCUUUGUCUGGGCUUGAGGGAGCAUUUUCGAUUCCUACCUUGUAA